AUGGCCAAAGGCAUAUCCUUCAACCCAUCCAAGGACAUCCCAUCCCUAGCUGGCAAAGUAAUCCUCAUCACAGGCGGGAACCUCGGACUUGGAAAACAAACCGCCAUAGACCUCGCUAAGCACAGCCCCUCCGAGUUAUGGAUCGCAGCACGAAGCGCCGACUCAGGUCAUGCAACAGUCGCAGAGAUCAAGAAAGCGUCACCAGACGUCCUAGUAAAUUUUCUCCAUCUCGACUUGUCCUCCUUCAAGUCUAUCAAGGAAGCCAUGCGGACGUUCCUGGAUUCAGUCUCGCGGCUUGAUCUCCUCUACUUGAACGCUGGUAUCAUGGGCGGCACGCAUGUUAUGAGCGACAGUUCGGCACGAACCAUAUGGGUCAUGCUCUUCUCUUUAAGCUCUUGAAACCUCUCUUGCUCAAGACGGCAUCGGUCCCAGGCGCAGGCGUCCGCACGAUAACAGUUAGCUCGGCUGGACAUAGGUUUGGGAAGGAAGAGCUCUUGCUGGAAAGCAUGAAGAGCUCAGCUGAGAAUCUUUCGCCAGUGGACAAGUACUGUCAUAGCAAGUUGGUCAAUGCCAUCUACGCUCAUGCUCUGGCGAAGUAUGUGCCGCAGAUUACCUCCGUCUCGGUCUAUCCGGGAGACAUCCAGGUAAGCUACUUCCAGACAACUCUUCAGACUCCAUCGAAGAAACCAGGACCAUAUGCUAAUUCGCUGUCUCCAGACAGGACUCUUCAGUUCCAAUGGAGGGAGCUGGAUGAUCUCCUUCUUGCGAAAUAUUGUGGUGCCGUUGACAUCGGUUUCCGUGGAGGAAGGGGUGAAGAACCAACUCUGGGCUGGCACUGCAAAGGGCGUGGAGGAUGGACUGUACUACGAGCCGAUCGGGGUUGCUGGAAAGGCUAGCCCACAGGCUCAGAGCGAUGAUUUGGCAGAGAAGCUAUAUGAAUGGACCGAGAAGGAACUGGAAGGCCACGCGCUCUAGGGAUAUUCGAAGGAUGAGAUGUAUUGUAGUAGACUUCAUCAUAGAGUGGUAAUAAGUUGGAGAGUCAGCUAUGUAUCCUGGUCGGAUUGAUGAUAUGAGAAGAUAGGGUUGCUGGCCAUUCGAUUAUAGGCAGUAGAUUAGAUGAUCAAUUUGCGUUUGGCGCAUCAAAUUCCGCG